GGCUGCCAAAAGUUAGUCCGAGCAAGAAAAAGCCAUGGACAGACGGUGGAUUCUUCUGGUUCUAGCCAUCAGUGGUUACGGUGCGAGUAGGGAGAUCUCCUCAGGAGGGGAAGAGGAAGGAAAUGGGCCGGACGUACCGCCCCCUGCCAUCGUCGGUGGCACCAAUGCUCCGGAGGACGCCUGGCCAUGGCAGGUUCUGCUCUUGUACGAUAACAAAUUAAGGUGUGGCGGUACGCUUCUGAACGAUAACACUAUACUCACCGCGGCCCACUGCACUUACCGAACCAA